CCACGCUGCACAAUUGCACCUUCGAUUCUGUUACGAUCCAGCUUCACCAGCCACCACGAUGGCGUUCCUUGUCAGCAUUCUGGUUUCGGUGCUGUCGCUGUUCGCCUUCAGCAAUGCGCACAACAUUCAGCUGCGGGCCCACUCCCGAGAGUGCUUCCACGAGAAUCUCCACAAGGACGAUCGCAUGACCGUCACGUUCCAGGUCGGCGAUAGAGAAUUUGGAGGAAGUGGAAAUCUGGAUAUCGACUUUUGGAUACAAGCACCGAGCAAUUCGUUCCUCGUCCACCAGCGAACCGUCAGCGCCGGAGAUCACUCCUUCGAGGCGAAAGAGGAUGGACGAUACACAUACUGCUUCAGCAACGAGAACUGGUCAGCGAACACAAAAGAAGUCAGCUUCAACGUGCACGGAAUUGUCUACGUGCCCGAGAGCGAGGCACCACAAGAUCCUCUAGAGAAAGAAGUCCGCGCCAUGUCCGAGCUGAUGGCUCAGGUCAAGGACGAACAAGGAUACAUCGUGGUUCGCGAGCGAACACAUCGCAACACAGCCGAGAGCACCAACGCUCGUGUCAAGUGGUGGAGUCUGCUCCAGCUCGGCGUUCUCGUCGGCGAAGGCGUCUUCCAAGUCUGGUGGCUCAAGCGUUUCUUCGAGGUGAAAGAUCCCUCUCGUCCUUCCUUCGGACGGGGAGCGUUGGGCUAAUCUACUGGCUAUCAGGUCAAGCAGCUCGUGUAAAAAGUACACGACCCAUGUGAAGUCUGAAUUAUGUCGAUAUGCAGCGAUAGACGCGAUGAAGCCGAAAAGCAAUCACAGCUUGCUCAAACUGCCACGCUCCACCUUCCCAAGAGUCUCGUCAAUCCUCGAAAUGCAGCAUGCUGACCGACUCUCAAUUCGGCCUGCACCAGCGCAUCAACAACAGUAGUACUAUAUCAUCUAGUCGCCC